AUGUUGAGGGUACCGCUGUGUCUGCUACUUUGUCUGCAGAUCGUGAUUUCUGAUGACUGCCUAGAGGGAUGUGAAUGCUACAGGACAACUGUGUAUUGCGAGAAUCUAGGAUUACAGGAAGUACCUUCGGGUAUUCCAGUUACAACAACGGUUCUAUCACUUGAUAAAAACUACAUCACCAUUCUCAGAAAUGAUAGCUUUGUGGGUCUCGUGAAUUUGGAAGAGCUAUACGUACAAGACAACCUUCUCUCUCUCAUCGAAGUCGGAGCAUUUCUAGAUCAGGCGAAGCUUAGGUACUUGUAUCUAGCAGUCAACAGAUUAUCGCAUCUAAAACGAUCUGUUUUCGUUCCUCUCAGCAGUAUAAAAACAAUCAGUCUACAGAAUAACUACCUGACAUCACUCACGGCAUUCUCAAUUAAUUCAACGGUACAAGAUCUUCUGUUAGACAACAAUAACAUUAGCAAGUUAUCAAACAAUUGUUUGGAAGGUUUAAGUCAAUUAACAACGUUGGGAGUGGAGAGUAAUAACAUGUCUUCCAUCGAAGCAGCAGCAUUCAGUGGAUUGAAUAAUUUACACAGGCUGUAUUUACAUUACAACCAACUGCGUUUGUUGCCAUAUAGCGUAUUCACGCCUUGUUUCAACUUGCAAGAAAUUGGAAUCAGGCAGAACAAUCUGGUAAUGAUUCCCGAUCUCUCAGCCCUGUGGAACUUGACAGUGUUAGAAUUACAGGACAACAGUAUUUCAACAAUACAUUUAAAUACUUUUAGCUCACAAGAGAGACUUCGGACGUUAAAGCUUGACAACAAUCUGUUGACCAGCGUGCCUAAUCUCUUGAUGAUUUCUAAUUUAAGGACAUUAUCUCUUAAUAAAAACCGCAUCACUGACAUUCAUGAUGAAGCAUUUCGCAAUAAGGAGUAUUUUCAAGAUUUUAAAAUUGAAGAUAAUUUAUUAACAAAAGUGCCAAUUGCAAUUAAAUAUCUUCCGUUGAAAGAUUUGAGCUUUGUCAAAAAUCCAAUAAUCAGGAUCGAAGCUGAUGCAUUUGCUGGGCUGACAAAUCUAGAAAACUUGUGGAUUCACGAUAUGGACCUACUUCACUUACACGAGGAUGCAUUCAUGGCACAAAAACAGAACACGCAUGGAUUAAACUUAUUUUUGCAGGGAAAUGAUUUACAGACAUUGCCUGGCACAAUUUUUGAAGGCCUCAAUCUUGAAAAUCUAGAUCUACAAGAUAAUCCCUGGAGCUGUGACUGUGGAAUGUGCGAUUAUCGUAUCUGGAUGCCACCUUCUCCAGAUGAUGGAGACAAUAAAUUUGAUGUCAUAUGUGAACAACCUGAUGAACAUCUAGGUUUCUAUCUCUCGGAAUUAAAACUAGAAGAACUUGUAUGUCAGCUACCGUCCAUUACAGAAUCCUAUGAAAACAUCCAAGUCAGUCAAGGAGCCUCGGCCGUUUUCAAUUGUACAUCUAUAGGUCUGCCACAGCCAUUUCCAUUUUGGUUAACUCCAAGUGGUUAUAAUAUUACAAUGGAGACUGAAAACAGCAAAGUUGAGUUAGACAAAAAUGGUACCUUAGUUCUUUAUGAUGCUGACUUUAGCGACUGUGGGAUUUACACAUGUAUUGUGGUUAAUGUGGCUGGCCAUGAUACUGCAAACACCACAUUGAUAGUUACUGAACCAACUUCAGCACCUACAGUGGUUAAUACAAUCACAGUACCGCCAAGGAACACUCUAAACACAUCUGAUAAGACCAACAGACAGACAAAUCUAUGGACCGUUCCUAGAACAAGUACGCUUUGCACUGUACCCACUGGGCCAGCGAUCACCACUUCGGCGGCAACAGAAACACACUCUACACUAUUAACGGCAAUACAAUCGUCAACCACAACAACUAGCCCAGGAACAUCAGCAUCAAUAUCAGCAACAACGAAAUCUGCUGAGACAGGCCAUCCGCCACCGACAAGUACAACAGAGGCUACACGUCAUUCAACAAAAGAAUCAGAAAAUAUCACCGCACCACAGACACAGACAGAAUGUUCGAGUUUAUUACCUACUGAGACAGGAACGGACCCGCAACCUACCAACACCACGACAAAUUCAACAACACUACCCACCAAUGAUGGCAAUGGAAAUUCGAUUGUAGUUGUUGUUGUUAUUUGCUGUUCUUGCGCCUUUAUAACUGUAACAUGUUGUGUUAUUUUUGUGUAUUUUUAUCACAAAAGGAAACAAUACGACAAACAAAUGGCAACCACAAACAAGAGUCAUACUGACAUCACGCGACACACAGUCGACCCACAUGAGAAAACCCAAACAUCGCACAUGGGAGUGCAUCUGAACACUUUCACAGGAACACCUGUGGCGAACGGUCUCGAUUUAGACACGCAUAUAGAAUUAAAACAUUCCAAUUCAAUUGACGAGCGAAUAGAGAGACAUUUAGCAAACAGAAACAGUUCACCGGAGGAUGAAGGUGAGAUAUUUAGUACCCCAUCACCGGUACCAUACCAUUCAUCUGAUUCUGAGUAG